AUGUCAAGCGAGUUCAUUGAUGUGUUCUUUCCCCUUACUUCAUACCUGGUGCGGACACGGCAUCCGCGCACCUGGUACCACUUCUUCCCGCCGGAGCUGCAACGCCAGUGUUCCCGACCCUUAUAUGAGGUUACGGUUGACAGGGAAGGGCGCUAUGUUGUGCCCGUUAGAUGGCCGGCGCUGGCGCCAGUCAUCCUGCUCGGCGUUGCGGCCAUGUCUUUCUACGCUAUGAUGAACAUCUCAGCCCUCGGGAGCCACUGCCUGGUGUCCCGUUCAAGUCCCGUGCAGCCACUGUUUAUUUCUCUGGACAUAGCUGCCACAGCCUGCUCGGCGUUUUCAGCGUUAUAUGCCUGUGUCAACGACGAGCUCUCGGACACGUUCCAACCCGUGGCUGCUGGACGUGCAACAAGGGGGCUUCGCAAGAAACAAGUUGUCAACCUUUUGCUGGGAAACUGCAUUUUAAGCCUCUUGGCGUUCGCUGGACUGCAAAUUCCGUUCAUGGCCGAGAUGCUGUACGUCGGUACGACAAUUCUGGCAGCGUUCGUUGUGGGCACGUACCUUCGCCGUCGGCGCCAGCUGGGUCGCCAGCGGCUGUGGAAGCGGCUGACGUUCAGCGGCGGCUUGCUGGCCAUCUCCGGCAUCCCCCUGGACGCCACCCUCUGCCGCCGAUUUGGGCCCCACAUCAACCACGUCACACUGCUCUUCAUGGGUUGCCACCUCAGCAUGCUGGGGCUGCUCCUGUACGUACGGGAGGAGCUGAUCUUGCGGUAUGGUGACGCAAACGCUACGGUGGCAAAGGCUGCCGCUGGCGGUAGCGAUAGUGGAGACGCAGGUUUGGGUGCUCAGGAGCCUGACGGCGCAGAGCUCCAGCAUUUGUUGGGUAGCGAGGCCGUAGCCGCUGCCGGCAGUAGCAGCGGGGUUCUGGCGGCUGCGGGGGGCAUCAGUGGGGCUGCAGGGGCCGGGGCUUCCGCGGGAAAUGGAAGUUCUGGAAAACGCAAAAAUGAAUGA